UGCACAUAAAAUCAAAACAAAUGUCAUGUUAGAAGUUCGAAUCCAAAUAUUUAAUUCUCCCAAAAUGAAAUAAAGUAUGAUCUCAUACAUUUGUGACUAGUCUUUAUAUUCUUUCUUGAUAACCUGUGAACGAUCGUGAUAAAGGUGAAUAGUUAACAAUCAUGCAACAAUCCCCAUUUGAAAAUAUUUUUAAUAUUAUUGGUGGUAUAACAGAAGGAAACGAAAAGCCUAUGAAACAUGGUUUCUAUAAUGCUUUCGCUCUAUUUAUUUUAGCAGUAUGUUGUGUCGCAGUGUAUGUUCUAUUUCUUAUACUUGAGCCUUUUUUCAAGCCUUUGUUUUGGGCGCUCCUUGUCGGUUCCAUACUUCACCCUUUCAAAUAUAAAUUAUCACAAAAAUUGAAAGCAUGGUUUGAAGAUCUCGACAAAUCGAACACCUCUGUGAUAUUUGGUUUGAUGAUCAUCCCAGUAAAUGUUGUGAAUUUUGCUUCCGAUACUGUAGGUCGUCAAUUUAUAAACCAUUAUAAGACUGUGAUUGGUUUGCUAUCAGUAAUUUUUGUGUUACCAUGGCUAUACAACUCUGUGCCACGGAGCUUCUCAUGCAUUUUUUGGCAACUGAGUAGCUUUGUCAGCUUCUCCACAACUAUGCUCAUCAGUGUAUGCAGCUCCUAUAUUACUUUAACAAUAGUCUUAGCAUACUUUAUAAGUGUGUGGACACUUUGGACUCCAGAAAGAGCUGGGUUAUUCAAAACGAGCUCCCAAUUGUUAUGGCUAGUCAUAACCAGCUUCCUGGCCAGCCUGUGUGGGUCUUUUAAAGUCUACAUGUUUGUGUUACUGCAAAUGUUCUGUGUUAUUGGCUUUUCCCUUGAAGUUCUAGAUGUACAUAGAAAGUUACUGUUGAAUGAUCCUGAUGCAUCAAUGGCGCAAGCUUUACACCAAGUAAUUACAAAUGGCCAUUAUGAAGCUAGUCCAAAACAAAUAGAGGAAAAACCACAAGAACAAGUCCAACCCAGUGUUAGUGACCAAGAAUCUACACCAGAAAAAGAUAGCCCGUCUCCUACCACCGCGGAAUCGACCAUAAAAAAAGAUAGUUGGUCUGGAAGUGAAACAAUACAGAGUUCACCAAGAUUUGCAAAGAAACUAUAUAAAACUCGAACAUUGUCUGAUUUACCACUUUCGAAUACUAGAAUGAAGUCACCAUAUGACAAUCGUUUUAUUGCAUCCUUCAAACAGAGGUCUCUGGAUGAUAAUUACAUGAGGAACAAUUUUGAUAAUGAUGAAGAAACAGCUUUGUAUUUUAAACUGCUUUUCUUUGGUUGUUUAUGCAUGCUGGUGUGGAAGCAUAUAUGGUUAUUACCUGUGACACUAUUUUUUAUUGCUAUUUAUGUUAUCAAGAGGUUGCUAGAGUAUUUUGGUGUGUGGUUAUUCUUUGAAAACCACUACAAUCACAUUGUGGGAAAAAUUAUGAAUUGGUGGAAUCUCAGAGAAACUGCGUUGAUACCAGCCCAUAUACGAGGCAUAGGGAAGAUGUUAUCAAUCUGCAAUAACAGUAUUCGCGAGAUGGCGUAUGGUUCCGUGGAUACGGUGUCAACUUGCUUCGUCAUAGUGGGCCUUAUCCUAUUUCUUACUGUGGCCAUUAUAUUUAUCUGUAUACAGAUAUAUUCAGAAGCGAUAGUGGUGGUGCAACUAAGUGGAAGUCUGUUGAACAGCACGUUUGUACAAAAUAGUGAACUCCAUGCUUAUCUUCCUGAAGGAUGGGAAGAAAAACUGGACUCCCUUAUUGACAAUGCUUACACGUAUGGCCGAGAAGGAAUCUCUACAGCUAUCAGAAGGUUAUUGAAAGAAGGGGAACCGGACAAAGUAGCUCGCGUCGAACAACAAAUUUUGGAGAUAUGGGACAGAGUGUAUCAGAGCUGGGUGUCUGGUCAUUUCACCUCUCCCAUGGGUCCACAGGUUGACGGCACAGCAAUUCAGGACUCAUGGGACAACUUUGUAAAUGAUGUAUCUAAGACACCUGGUAUCUUCGACUACACUGGAAUAGUGACGUGGGUGCAAGAAAACCUUGGCACAUUGAGCGCUAUCGCCACCGGCAUUUGGUCACCACUGGCCAGCAACAUGUCUCUUCUAGCGGGCUCAGUGGGUGCCUUCACUUCCCUUCUGUUCUCUGGCGGAGGAGCUAUUAUUAAUAUGUUCAUUAACUUAGUUGUAUUCUUUACUACGCUGUUCUACCUGCUGGCGUCCAGCAAUGCACUAUAUAAACCUGUCGAGGUGAUCACCCAAGUGCAGCCCAACUUCGGUCCGAAACUUGGCAUAGCACUCUCAGUGGCAAUCAAUCAGGUAUUUAGGGCUUCCUUCAAAAUGGCUCUGUUUUACGGACUGUGGACGUGGCUAGUGCAUAACCUGUUUGGAGCCAAGGUCGUUUAUUUGCCUUCUGUACUAGCGGCAGUGUUAGGAGCGGCACCGUUCCUCGGCCCCUACUUAGCUGGCAUACCGGCAGCUCUGGAUGUGUGGCUGCAGGGCAGGCCAAUGGCUGCCCUUCUUCUGCCCAUAGCACAAGCGGCUCCUAUAGCAUUCCUGGAUGCAGCUGUUUAUGCCGAAAUUAAAGACGGUGGCCACCCAUACGUGACGGGGCUUGCCAUUGCCGGCGGUAUUUUCUACCUCGGGCCCGAGGGCGCUAUACUCGGCCCACUACUCCUCUGCUGUCUAAUGGUGGUCCUCAAUCUCUCCUCCACUUUCCUCAGAGACACUCCUUCCGAGGAACGAGCGGCUCUACACUCACGGGCCAGGUCAUUAUUGGGAUUAUUUAAUUAUUAAGGCUCGGUGUUUACCUCUGAUGGGCUUGCAUGGGCGAUUAAUGCUAAUAUUAUUUUCAUAAUGUCAGAUGUUAUAUGCAAUGUUGGAAUAAAGGUAGAAUUUUAACUAGUACCAUUGUCAUGUUCUACAGCGUAAGGCUUGAUCAAAGUUGGUGUAAAUCAGAAUAAAAUGUUAUAAUUUUAACAAAGUUACCAGUUUCAAUAUGAUACGUAUUUACUAGCUGAAAUUAAUAGUUGCAUGAAUACUAUGUUGUAUGAAUCUUGUAUUCGUAUAUGCAUAUAAGGUUUAUUCCUCCAUAUGAACGCACACGUAGUGAUGUUAUGGUAAAUUAAAUCUUAAUAUAAUGACACAUUAGGUCAAUAAUACGAUUAAGGUUUGCACAGUAAAAUUAAUAAUUAAGUCUAACGUCAACAUUGUUGCUCAUGGAGUAAAUAAACAUGUCACAAAAUUAUGGCCGACUGCUAAUAUACAAUAAAUUUUAUGUGAAGUUUUUAUAGUCGAUCUUAUGAUUAUUAAAUAUAUAUGAGUAAGUAUUAAGUAUAUAUAUAUAUAUAUAUAAAUUUACAAGAAGACAUUCAGUUCAGAAUUGACGGCGAUAUCGUGUGACAUGAUGAUAUAUAUACACACGAAGAAAAAUUACCAUAAAUUGAUAACCUGUAUCUUUUUUAGUCACUUUAAAAAUUAGUAAAUAAAAAGUUACAUAAUACUGUUCAGAUAUAGUUAAAAAAAACUAUGUUUAAUUAAUACCUUACUUAGCCAUCAUUAGUUAAAAACAUAGAUCAUAUACAGAAAGAUGAACGGCCAUCAUACGAAUACUUCGCCAAAAACAUUUGUAUGACUCCAUACAUCCACUAUUAGCAUAUUGAGUUUUGGAUAAAUUUCAACGGAAAUUGGCAUAGCUUAUAACAAUUGAGUUAUGCACAAUAUAUUAAUCGAAAUCGCAGAUGGUAAAUUUUUUACGAGUACCUAUUAUAGUAGAAAUAAUUGGAAGUAAUCAUGCAAUAUUAACGCUAUAAUUAAUAACAUAUUCCAACGAAGCCAUAUUUUAUGUAUAAUGUUAUUCUUAUAGCAUGAAAUGUAAAUAAUUUAUAUAAAUUAUUAUACGAAUCACCAAGAGUUAUCUGUGUUUAUAGUGGGUCCAUUCUGAGAUAAGAAUAAAAAAAAAUAUAUAACCAAAUCGUUAUCGUAAGGAUCAAUAUGAGCUAAAUUUCUAAUAGAUUUCAGUUACAGUUAAUUAUAAAUUUAGUUUAUAAUGGUCCAUAAAACAAUAAUUUUGCAAAACUAUCAAAUUAAAAUAUUGGGUUAAGAGAAUUUUAAAGAAAUGCCGACCCAGAAUCGACCCCAGUGUUCGUUUGAACUAGUUGCAUGUAAUCGUGAAACUUACUCACGUGACGUCUAUAGUAUCGUAAUAUUAAUACAUAUUAUAUGUAAUAACAUCAUAGUUUUACAGAUAAAAUGCCUUAUAAAUUCUUAUAUAGAAGAAAUGAAAAGCCUAAGUAAAAGCCUACAAAACAUAAUAAUUGUAGUUAAGUAUUUGCCGUCUGAAGAAUCUGGUAGUAACACGGAAUCUGCGGAAUGCUAGGUGAGAGAUAUGAUUAGAAAAUUGUAGAACCAAGUUUACUGUUCCGUAUCCAAUGUCUAAAAAAUUCUUCAGACUCGCAUUCUCCGUGUAGGUACAUAUUUAUCACAUUGUCAAAUGAUCCGUUAUAUAUAAUUCUUGUAUUGUAUUUUUAUUAAAUUGUAUCUCCAAAGAGUUUCGUUUUCUGAGUUUUAUGUGCUACAGAAAACUCAGUUUGAAAAAUGUCCAGAUUAUUAAUUUUGAUUCCAUCAUCUCUAAUCUUAGUCAUCGUUGAUGAAGCUUGGAGUCACGGUGCAAUACGUCUUCUUGCUCUCUCUUUCUUAUUGAACUAGAUUUUAUUGCUAUCUAGCUUAGUAAGUAAUAUCCAAGCUGCAACACAAUUUGAAAAUUUUAAACCAAAGAGUAAUACUAUUAUUUAUACUACAGAAUUAUAUAUUUGAGAAAUAAGAAAAUAAUUAUAACAUUUGUGAUUAUUUUAAAUGGUGCUUAUUAGAAUACGAUGUGUUACUAAUUAAACCCCUUGUUAUAAUUUCAAAAUUUAUUUUGAAAUUGUGUAAUAUUUUCAAAAAUCUUUUACAAUGUUAAAAUAGUGAUGAUCAACGUUCAUGUUUGAAUUAAUAUACAUUAAUAUUAUUUUUUAUUGCUAUAAAAUUGAGAUAAGUUCAAGAUUCUUGAAGUCAGAGUGACGUUUUCAAUAUAUUUGUUCUGCUAUAGAUUUUGAAACUAGCAAUUUUGUAGCAUUUUUCAUGAAUUAUACAAAUAUGUAGAUAUAAGAUUGAAUGUUGUCGUCGGAAAUGAAUGUCAUUCCGUUUAUUUAUUGCUUUAAAGUUCUAUAUGUAUAUUAUAUGUAAUAAAUCUUAAUUCAGACUCAGUGGGGCUACUCUUAAAUUCUUAAUAAAAUUCCAAUAAAUUUAUAUUAAAAUUGAGACGUUUCACACUCUCGAAUUGCAAUAAUAGCGACGUAAUGUUUCUAUAUUGUUGUGAUAGAUACAUAUUAGUGGAACUUAUAUUGUAAACUAUUGUAAACUGAUCCCAGAUAUAACUUAAUUCCUAACCGUUGUUUCAUAAGUGCAGCAUAAAAUUGUCCUUGGCAAUGGAUUGGAUUGAUAUUGGAUUCUAGAGUAGACCUGCUGAUCUAUAAACUAUAUUUUUAGUCUUCGUGUGGACGUUUCAGUUCAGAUAUUAAAUGUUUGAUCACAAUUUUGCUACAUUAAUGAUCUUGAAAAAAACAAGAAUCUAGAAAAUGCUAUUUUUAAUAAUAUUUGUAAUGAUUUAUAAUGUUUUGUGAUAAUUUUGUAUAUUUAUAUUUGCUUUUUUACUAAAAAUAAACCUUAUUGUUCAUAAAAAGUCCAAUGCUCUUAUAAACUUUUAGCUAUUGCACUGUUUUGUCUCUUUCUUCAGUGCUAAAUACUCAAUGUGAAAGAAAGUGAUAAAACAGUGUAAUAGUUAAAACGUGUUUGUAGAAGGUUUUAGUUUUUAUGAAUAAAAGGGCUAAAAAUAACGCGGACGACAUACAUAUAUUCACUUUGCUAUUUAAAAAAAGUACUUAAUUACAAUGUACACAAGUAGCUGUAAUGGCAACACUAAAUUUAACGUCAAGUGCUAGAUGCUAAAGAUGUUCACUUUCAUGAAUAAAAUCGAAAAAGGAAUGUAAGAUAUCUUUUUCGUUACACCUUGCAAUAUAUCAAAAAUUAAAAUAGUGUUGAAAUUAUAGCUACUGCUGAAUUUUAUCUACUAAUUUACUCGAAAUAUAUAAGCAACGCCAUAUUCGAUAUUUAAAAAAAAAUAUGCUAUUAAACCAGCCCUUACCAGUUCAUGAAAAAUCGUCCAAAGAUUAUUUUAAAAGCACUGCUGCAUGAUAUUAUAUUGCAAAUAUAUUCGUAUUUAAUUACUUUGAAAUAAAUAUAUUAAUUUGC